AUGGCCAGCAAGAGGAAGUCCACCACCCCGUGCAUGAUCCCUGUGAAGACUGUGGUGCUGCCCAGCUCCAGCGCCGAGGCCCCGCCUGCCGAGCCCGGGCCCGAGGGGCCCCCCCAGGAGCCGCCCCCAGAAGUGCCCGCCACCAGCACCGAGGCCACCCAGAGCGCCAGUGGUCCUGACAUCCCCUCGCUGGCCAACGGGCACCGGAGCACCUUGGAUGGCUACGCGUUUGCCUGUAAAUACUGUGACUUCAGAUCCCAGGACAUAACCCAGUUUGUGGGACAUCUGAGCUCAGAGCACACAGACUUUAACAAAGACCCAAGCUUUGUAUGCACUGAAUGCAGCUUUCUGGCAAAAACUCCCGAGGGGCUUUCUCUGCACAACGCCAAGUGUCACUCGGGAGAAGCCAGCUUUGUGUGGAACGUGGCCAAGCCAGACAAUCACUUGGUCGUGGAGCAGAGUGUCCCUGAGGGUGCCAGCCCUCCCGACCCGUCAGGGGAGCCAAAUGUGGAGGGGACGGAUGGACAGGCAGAAAUCAUCAUCACCAAGACUCCAAUCAUGAAGAUAAUGAAAGGCAAAGCCGAGGCCAAAAAGAUCCACACGCUCAAGGAGAACGUGCCCAACCAGCCCACCGGGGAGGCCUUACCAAACCCUCCAGCUGGGGACACAGAGGUGAAAGAGGGGGACCAUGCCUUUGUCAACGGGGUGGUCCCCGCCAGCCAGGCGUCAACCAACCCCGCAAAGGCCCCCCACUCGGCCAACGGGCCCCUGCUGGGCACGGUGCCGGUGCUGCCUGCGGGCAUCGCCCAGCUCCUCUCCCUGCAGCAGCCGCCCCCGCAGGCCCAGCAGCCCCUGCCCACCGCCAGGUCCCUCCCCAAAGUGAUGAUCCCGCUGAGCAGCAUUCCUACCUACAAUGCGGCCAUGGACUCCAACAGCUUUCUGAAGAACUCCUUCCACAAGUUCCCCUACCCGACCAAAGCCGAGCUCUGCUAUUUGACUGUGGUCACCAAGUACCCGGAGGAACAGCUCAAGAUCUGGUUCACUGCCCAGAGGCUGAAGCAGGGCAUCAGCUGGUCUCCGGAGGAGAUUGAGGACGCCCGGAAAAAGAUGUUCAACACCGUCAUCCAGUCAGUGCCCCAGCCCACCAUCACAGUCCUCAACACUCCCCUGGUUGCCAGCAGCGGCAACGUCCAGCACCUCAUCCAGGCCGCUCUGCCCGGGCACGUGGUGGGGCAGCCAGAGGGUGCAGCGGGGGGACUUCUGGUCACUCAGCCUCUGAUGGCCAACGGGCUGCAGGCCCCCAGCUCCUCUCUCCCCCUGGCAGUUACCUCUGUCCCCAAGCCGCCCACUGUCGCGCCCAUUAACACCGUGUGUUCAAAUACAACAUCGGCCGUGAAGGUGGUGAACGCCGCCCAGUCCCUCCUCACGGCCUGCCCCAGCAUCACCUCCCAAGCCUUCCUCGAUGCCAGCAUCUACAAAAACAAGAAGUCUCACGAACAGCUGUCAGCUCUGAAAGGGAGCUUCUGUCGGAACCAGUUCCCAGGGCAGAGCGAAGUGGAGCAUCUGACCAAAGUGACGGGUCUCAGCACCCGGGAGGUGCGCAAGUGGUUCAGCGACCGCAGGUACCAUUGCCGGAACCUCAAGGGCUCCAGGGCCGGGCUGCCUGGAGAGCACGGCACCCUGCUUGUCGACCCUGUGCCCGAGGCGCCCUUCUCCCCGUCGUGCAAGGCCCCCGAGGUGACCUGCCUCCCCACGGCAGCCACCCUGGCCACCCCCUCUUCUGCCAAGCGACAGUCCUGGCACCAGACCCCCGACUUCACACCAACCAAAUACAAGGAGCGGGCCCCCGAGCAGCUGAGAGCCCUGGAGAGCAGUUUUGCACAAAACCCCCUUCCCCUGGAUGAGGAGCUGGACCGCCUGAGGACCGAGACCAAAAUGACCCGCAGGGAGAUUGACGGCUGGUUUUCAGAGAGACGGAAAAAAGUGAGUGCCGAGGAGGCCAAGAAGGCCGAGGAGGGGGCUUCUCCAGGGGAGGAGGAGGCCGCUGAGGACGAGGGGGAGGAGGGCUUGGCCGGGGAAAACGGCUCCCCAGAAGCGCCCGGCAGCCACGUGCUGGCCGAACGCAAAGUCAGCCCCAUCAAAAUCAACCUCAAGAACCUGCGAGUGACGGAGGCCAACGGCAGGGGCGAGCUCGUGGGGCUGGGCGCCUGCGAGCCUGAGGACGAGGCGCCCGGCAAGCCGGCGGAGCAGCCGCCAGGCAAGGCAGGCUACAAGAAGACGGCCCAGCAGCGGCACCUGUUGCGGCGGCUCUUCGUGCAGACGCAGUGGCCCAGCACGCAGGACUACGACUCCAUCAUGGCGCAGACGGGCCUGCCGCGGCCCGAGGUGGUGCGCUGGUUUGGGGACAGCCGGUACGCCCUGAAGAACGGCCAGCUCAAGUGGUACGAAGACUACAAGAGGGGCAACUUCCCUCCCGGGCUGCUAGUCAUCGCGCCCGGCACCCGGGAGCUGCUGCAGGGCUACUACGCGGCUCACAAGAUGCUCUACGAGCAGGACCUGCAGAGCCUCUGUGACAAGACCCAGAUGAGCGCCCAGCAGAAACAGACUGAACAGGAACUGAUGGCUGUGAAGGACCGGCCAGCCUUGGGAGGCCGCCACCGCUUGGAAGGGCCCAGUCCCUCUCUGCUGCCACAGGCCGAGGCCGCACCGGCCCCCAGCCUGCACAGGCCUCCAUGUGGCCAAGCCCGCCACCGCCUGCGAGCGGGGAGACGCGUCUGCCAGUUCUGCCCACAAUGUAGGACCUCUCCUUUGCCUUCCAGUGAAUAA